AUGGCGGCCCAGCCAGGGAGUGGCCGUGGGUACACACCUUGGCAAUCUACGACGCACAAGAUGGGCCAGCCUAUGCUCAAGGAUAGCUCUGCGUACCACCAAGUCAAGGUUGAGCUUGCUGGCAGGUCGUCAGUUAAGGAAAACGACAUAGCUAAACUUCUCCAGGUCGCUUGUUCAAAACGGUACAACUUCCUGUUCGUCGCGAAAUCUUCCAAAGUCAAGGUCUUCGUCCCAACGUAUCCUACUCAGGCUGUAUCCAAACCACUCUUAACACUCCAUGGACCGGAAGAACUUCCCGAGCUUCGAACUCAGGGUUACAUCGAUUGCAAUGUCCCGCAUACUAUCAACAACAUGAUAGUUGCUGAUCUAGGAACAGAGGAAGUCCUUCUUGUUGCCAAUGACUGUGGUUAUGUCACGCUAUGGUAUACAAAGCAUCUGAUACAGAGAAAUGGGAAUAUGGACAUAUGGUUCGAUGUCCAUAAGAGCGCUUGGGGAAUCUCAGUCCAUAAGGCGAAAAGGCUGAUAGCAAUAUCGUCGAACACGACCAUGAUAUCCGUAUACGAAAUGGGGAGCGAGGCAGUAGAUUCGAGCAGGCCACCUAGGGGAGCCCAAUAUCCAAUAGUACUGUCAGCAAAUCAUCAAAAUGUGCCGUGUGUAGCAUUUCUUGACGACGACUCUGGGAGAUGGCUAGCUGCGACAGACAUCACGGGAUCAGUAAUCCUAUACGAUUUACUGCGUGAAGCAAGGACGAUGACAGAAUAUAAGGGACAGGGUUGGACAGUGACUUUUCUGUGCGAAAGCAAUUUCCUGUGGGUUGAACACGAAGAAUUCAUGGAGAUGAUUGAAAAGGCGAGAGAAGAAGCACAAAAGGAGGCUAGGAGAGGGUUGUUGAGUUUUGCGACUCGUCGAUUUGAUGAUGAUUCGGACGGAGAUGAAGCAGAUGAUUGGGCAAGUGAUGUACAAAUGACAUUAUAUGGUGGAGGAUCUGAAGACGAGGAGUAUCAAGAUGGGGUGAGCGACCAAUUAUCUUAUAGUGAUGAAUAUGAAGAUGAAGACGAUGACGAUGAAGACGACGAUGAAGAGAUGAGUGAUGAGGAUCCGGAUAUUGAGAUGAAUUUCACAGCGUUGGAGGAAGCUAUUUUAUCCCACGAUGCUCAAAACCUUUUGGAUGAUGAGAGUCUAGAUGAGGAUCCAGAAGAUGCGAAUGCGAACGAAGAACAUGGGGGGUUAGACGUCACAGAAGAGAUGCAAUCAACAGCAUAUGGCCCUGUCAACCGAUCGGUUUCCUUGACUCCAGAUCCGACUCUUUACGGUCCCAUCUCACAACGAAUUCUAGAUUCGGAGGAUGAUGCUCCUUGGGAAAACCCACCCCCAUCAUUCAUCAUACACUCUAAAAAGUUUGACCUUAAGCUUAUCAUACCGAAAGAUCCUUCUAUACCGCCACCUUUCAGCUACGAGUCUCGACCGGUUCAUCUUAAUAGUCUUAUUACGCUAAAAAAUUUAAUACCUGCGGAUGGCAUCACUCUAGCGGCACGGACAAGUAAUUACCCGCUCAGAAUGAAUAUGCACGCUUACAUACCCGCUCUGUCCUUGUAUGUUAUUGGGAGACAAGAUGGAAGGGUUGCAUUAGUUAGGAUGAUCAGAUCACGGCCACCACCACAAUCGGAAGAUCCUGCAGGAACCUCAACCACAGAGGGCAAUACACAAAAUGGCGAGAACAAAGGAGUUGUUCACAGGCAUUUCAUGAAUUUGGAGCAUAUCAUUCCGAAACAAGAUACCGCGAUCCCCUUUGCUCUGGUGGGUGUGUGUGUCGCACCCGUUCAAGGUUGGGAGGAUCGCCAUGUUUCCAACGGGAUGAACCAGGGAAGCGGUCAAGGGAAAUGGUUGUAUACUAACGGCGGGGUGGGAGGGAGAUGGAGGAUCUUCUUACUCUAUUCUGGUGGAGAUGUUAUUUGUUACACAGUGUCCGGAGGUAUACCUGCACAUGAGAACGGGUUGGUGUUUUGA